AUGCUUAAACGAAAACUUUUAUAUGCUUUAGGAUUGUUGGUGAACUCUUCAUUAUCAUUGACAAUUCAUUCUACUUCUUCAAGCUCAAUUGCUUCUCCGUCUGUUGCUCAUCCACUAGAUGAUAACACCUAUUUUUAUCCUCGUCCAACCCCAAUUUCAAAUUGUGAAUUAACUUUUUCAACUGAUGAAUAUACUACUACUGUGACUUUUUCCGAUGGUUGUCCAACUGGAUCGGUUGCACCACCACCAAAUUUCCCACCAACGGUUCCAUAUGGUUGUACUUAUUUUGCCUCCAAAACUUAUUGUCCUUACAAUUGUGACACAUCUACAGUUCAUUAUUAUGAUUACAUUUAUUCAGUGACUAGUUGUCCAGAACAACUGUGUAUUUUUGACAAGUCUGGUGGAAGACCAUCUUUUAAAUGUGAACCUACAACCCUGAGUGAACCAUGGAGUUCGUAUAUUUUAUCUGAUGUAUCAUCUGAGGUAUCAGUAACCUCCAUUGUUGAUAGUGUAUCCCAGGAUAAUAGUACUUGGCACGAUAAUAAUUCUAAUCAAAAUGCUGAAGUAACUGAAUCAAAUAAUGAUGACACAACAGAGCAUCAUCCAGAACCAACUCAUCCAAUGACAACACAAAUGCCAGUUACUUGUGAAGUUACUCAAACACAUUCCCAUGGCCAUUCAUGGAACGAUGUUUCAUGUAAUUAUUUGCCAAUUGAAUGUACCAAAACAACAACAUUCAAUGUCCAUAACCAAACUUUAACAUACAUUUGGUGUUCUUCAACAACAAUUGAAUUAUUCCCAUCUGGAGAAACUACAACUACAUUCUGUCCUUAUGAUACUUGUUAUGACUACCUACACCACACUGAAAAUAAUAGAAAUACUAGAGUUGACCAAGGUGGGCUUGAGGGUAAUACGGGUACUGGUACCACUGUCGCUCCUGCUGCUCCUGCUUCUACUACAAAUGCUGGUACCGCCAUCAUUACGAAAGUUGCUACCUUUAUUGAUACCAAUUGUGAUGAAACUAAAACUUUGAAUGAUAAAGCUGAGGGAGGACAUGGUCAUGCCGGCAGUACUGCUAAUGGUGAUCAGAAAACGAUAGCCACGGAAAACAUUCCAAUUUAUAAAACUAUAGAUGGUACUAAUACUGAUUGUAUUAUAAUCACCACCUGUCCUACUCCUGUCACAUUGACAGUGACUCAAGAAAUUACGAAAACAGAAACAGUGACUGCUUACAAUACAAUUACUAUUAAUGAUGAUGGAGAUAUUUGUAUUGUUACCACAACUACAAAUGAGGCAAAAACAACUGAACCUUCGUAUGAAAAUCAAGUUACAAUUACAACACAUGCUAUUGAAGAUGGAUUCAAUCAAGAGUAUUCUUCUAAACCAAAUCAACCUAAUACUACGAGUGAGCACGGUACUGAAAAGGCCACUACCACGGAAACACCUGAAUCUUCGAAUCAAAAGUCUGAUGACAAAUCAGAAACUUCAAAUGAUGAGCCUGUUGAUGAAUCUGUCGACAAACCAGGUGAUGAAGUCACUGACAAGCCAAAGGACAAACCAAUUUAUAAACCAACUGGUAAACCAGAUAAGGAGUCAGUCGACAAACCAACUGAUAAACCUACUCAUUCAUUUGAGCCUAUAACUUCCACAAUUGGAAAUUAUUCAAUUGAUUAUAGUAGUACAAUGUGGAGAAACUCGUCAACUUUAGCAACUACAGUAGUAAAGUAA